UGCAAAGUCUGGCAGUAGAGGUGGUUGGCUUAGUAAAUGGUAGUUUGUCACCAAGAUACGCUGGUUGAACACAGAUGACAGCAUAGUAGCUAGCUGGCCAGUAUAUUACGCUCAAAAUGGCGCCAAAGUUUUCAGUUAAUCUGGCUAUUGCAGGUCACAGCGUAGUCCAUAUAACAAGCAGUUCACGAUUCUGAUAUGUGCAUGUAAAUUAGGCCUAUUACGUUUUAAAAUUUUAUUUUUUUGCUUUUGUUAUAACUAGUUUAAAUAUAUAAACAGUAUAGCCUAAAAUGCAAGCAAAGUAACAUGGGUUGGGAAGUAUAAGGUUGUGCUAUUUGGUAUAACUUAGCUACCUUAAAACUGACUUCGAUUAGGAAGAAGAACACAAUAGCUCCAUCCAUUUCAACCAAAUCUGCAGUCCAAUGACUGCUACAUUUUUCAAAUCAAACUUCCUGCAGAAACGUUCGAUAAUCCGUUGUAUCAGCUCACAACAGACAACGUGCAGAGAAUGAAUGAACUGAAUUCAGCUGGAUUGGACUCUGGAGUGAAGGGCCAGCAACAUGAGGAGAAAUGCGACGGCCUGAGGUCCAGCUUCCAGAAAUUAGUGUCCUCAAAGCUGAGUGACGAGGCCCUGAGUGGCUACCGAAGGAAGCUGGAAACCCUGAAAAAGUGCUCCUUUUAUGUCAAGAUUACCUGCAAAGACCCGCCUCAGAGCGACCAGGGCUCCACCUUUUCUGUCCAGAAUCUGAUCGACCGUGGUAAGUUCCAGCAGCUGAAGAAAUUUGGCAACGGCCAGGCAAAGAUCCAGCUGUGCCUACUGGAGGAGCUCUUGGAGCAAGUCUCGAGAGAGAAGGACGAGGUCGUCGCCAUCAUAGACACCUACGAUGAGGCCGCUUUCACUCGGGAGCAUGACACCGUUCAGAAGAAGCUGGCUCAGGUUAACGCGGCCCUCCUGGACUUCAACUCGGCGCUCGAUCCUGGGCCUCUGCACUUCAAGCACCGGCUCAUCAUGGAGCCGGCCAGCACCCUGGCUCUGCAGAUCCAGCUGGACCUCGUCACCAGAAUGCCGGUGUUUUUCGACCGGUCCACCUCGGUGGCGCUGACAAAGACCGUCCGACUCUACUGGCACGUGGCGGGACCAGAGCGGUGCGAGGUUGGGGUGAAGUAUGAGGUCCACUACAAGCUCUGCCCAGAUGAAGCGGCGGACACUCCAGCAUGCGAAGAUGAGCAUCAGCCAGACGAGGAGCCGGGCAUGUCCCCCGGGGAAGUUUCCGGAGGACCUAUCAUUUCAGAAGAGGCCCGCCAGCUGGUAAUUAUCACUUGCUCAAAUAGCGUUAAGAUCAACGGCUUGCUUCCAGACAGGAGCUAUGAGUUUACUGUCAAAAGAGCCGAUUCCUUCUGCUGGGUAUAUGGCUCAUGGAGAGAUACCAUUGUCCUCAAGACUUUACCUCGUCCUGCGGGUUCUACCAAUCAUAAAAAAAAGAGGUGCAGAUUCCAGUCUACCCUAAUGUAAAAUGAAAGUUCAUUGUGAAGCUUAUCUUGAUAAUUUUUUAUGAUCAUCAAUCAUAAAGUCUGCAUGAGGUGUUGUUUUGAACUGUAGAUAUGAAAAAUAGUAUACCGAUAACAAGUAUAAUGGGGACAUUUUCUCAUUUUAAGAAUGUACUGCAAUAGCCCCCUGUCCCCAGAAAAUGUUUUAUUUGUGUUCUUUCAUUAACUGGAAAUCUUAUGUGCUUUGUAUAUUACACAUUUUAGCACAUUCACUUCCAUAGACAAUAAAGGGACAGCUGAUUCAGUUGCAUUCAGCUGUAUUGUGGAGUCA